UCUUAGUCCCGGACCACUCUGUCCCUCCUUUAUUGUCCUCCGACUCCGACAAAGUGAACUGAGAGAUGUUAUGAAAUGGAUACGAGGCCGGCCAGGGCAUAGCUUCACAAGAGGCUUGUGGACUCUGUUUCAUGCUAUGUUUUGUGAGGCAACAGAAUAGGUUAAGUAUGCAGGGCCAGAUUUUAUGUCGCGGCACAGCAGCGGCCGUCGCCGCGAGGAGGGUGCGGAAUAUUUUGGGUUCUGUCCUGGGCAGAGACGGCUGGGUGUGGAGAACCCAUGAGGUCAAACUUCUCAACACAUCUUCAGGCGACACAGUAAAGAUCGGAGAGAUCUCUUACAAACUCAAAACACCCCGGAAUCCAGAACUUGUUCCAGUCAAACACAUUUUAGACUCCCUACCCCAGACAGUGGCUCAGCACCUACGAUGGAUUAUGCAGAAAGACCUUUUGGGCCAGGAUGUGUUUCUCAUUGGUCCCCCAGGACCCCUGAGACGAUCCAUAGCGAUGCAGUACCUCGAGCUGACGAAACGGGAGGUAGAGUAUGUAGCUCUGUCCAGGGACACCACAGAGACUGACCUAAAACAGAGGAGAGAGAUCCGCUCAGGGACGGCCUUCUACAUAGACCAGUGUGCUGUAAGGGCAGCAACGCAAGGUCGAGUCCUGGUCCUGGAGGGGCUAGAGAAGGCAGAGAGAAAUGUUCUGCCUGUCCUUAACAAUCUGCUGGAGAACAGAGAGAUGCAGCUGGAGGACGGACGCUUCCUUAUGUCAGCUGAGCGUUACGACAAGCUGCUGCAGGAGCACACCAAAGAGGAGCUGGACGGCUGGAAGAUUGUCCGUGUGAGUGAGGACUUUCGGGUCAUCGCUCUUGGUCUUCCUGUUCCCAAGUACAAGGGCAACCCAUUGGAUCCUCCUCUCCGCUCUCGCUUCCAGGCCAGAGACAUCUAUUACCUACCAUUCAAGGACCAGUUGGAGCUGUUAUACACAGCGGGACCAAACGUUGCUGCAGAGAGGGUGUCCCAGCUGCUGUCACUAGCCACCACGCUGUGCUCCCAGGAAUCAUCCAACCUGGGCCUUCCUGACUUCCCUGUGGACAACCUGCUUCCCGCCCUCCACGUGCUGAACGCCUUGCCCAUGCUGUCCUCCCAGCAGUUAGUCCAGAGACUUUACCCCUACAACAGUAUUUUGGGCAAGGAUGGGCGCACCGCUGUUGAGGGCGUACUCAGUAGAUUUGAGCUUUUGGAUGGUCGUCGGCAGCCGGCACCUAGUGCCGUUGCGAGCGUGUCCAUGACAAAGGAGACUGAGGGCCGCGCAGAUGUCACAUUACGCGUCGCGGACCAGGACAUCACCUUCCAGGUUCCAGCGGGGACCAAGGAACCGCGUCCACCCAACAGUAGCUCCGACUUCAUCAGUACACCAAGCCACUCCCAGCUGUUGUCUGAGAUGAUGCAGUCACACAUGGUUAAGGACCUAUGUCUGAUAGGAGCCAAGGGAUGUGGCAAGUCAGUGCUUGCCAGAGAGUUCGCCGAGAUGCUGGGUUACAGCAUAGAGCCAGUCAUGCUCUACCAGGACAUGACAGCCAGGGACCUUCUGCAGCAGAGGUACACCCUCCCUAACGGAGACACAGCAUGGAGGCCAUCGCCACUGGUCACUGCCGCCAUUGAGGGCAAGCUGUUGCUUCUCGACGGUGUACACAGGGUCAACCUGGGAACCCUUGCUGUGCUGUCUAGGUUACUCCAUGACAGGGAGCUGGAUCUGUACGAUGGGACGAGGCUGCUGAGGUGGGACAGGUACCAGACGCUAAAGGAACAACUGCAGUUCAGUGAUGAGCAACUGCAAGAGAGGUCGAUCUUCCCCAUCCACCCGUCGUUCAGGGUGCUGGCCCUGGCGGAGCCCCCCGUGGUGGCUGCCAGUACAAGCAGCAGCAACAGCAGAGGUCAGCAGUGGUUGGGCCCAGAGCUGCUCACUAUGUUCCUCUACCAUACUGUCACCCCACUGGCCAAAGCAGAGGAGAUGGGCCUCAUACAGGGACUAACUCCUAAUGUUCCAAAGGAAGCAGCAGAGCAGCUGCUGCAACUCACACACAGUCUCCGCAAGACAAACGACCCCACAGCACAGUCUCUGGCCUCUUCUCUCUCCACCAGACAGCUGCUGAGGAUCUGUCGCCGUCUCUCUCAGUAUCCCGAGGAGAGCAUUGCUCACGCUGUCAAUAAGGCUUGUCUGUCCAGGUUCCUACCCAGCCUGGCCCGUGCCUCUCUUGAAAAAAGCCUGGCCAACUGCUCCAUCCAGGACACGGCAGAUCCUGAACGCUCUCGUAAUUACAGCUGUAUGGUAAGGGAUGGUGUGUUGACUAUUGGCAAUGCGUCCGCUCCCAUCUACAACCCCGACGAGAAAAUGAAGGUUCCAGACGUGCUCUUUUAUGACAAUCCACAGCACAUGAUGGUGAUGGAGGACAUGUUGAAAGACUUUCUAUUAGGAGAGCACCUCCUUUUGGUGGGCAACCAGGGCGUUGGUAAGAAUAAAAUAGUGGACCGGUUCCUGCACCUUCUGAACAGGCCCAGAGAAUACCUACAGCUCCACAGGGAUACGACCGUCCAAACUCUGACCCUGCAGCCCUCAGUCCGAGACGGCAUCAUCAUGUACGAGGACUCACCUCUGGUGAAGGCAGUGAAACUGGGUCACAUAUUAGUGAUUGAUGAGGCAGACAAAGCUCCUACAAAUGUUACCUGCAUCCUCAAAACCCUGGUGGAGAGCGGAGAGAUGAUUCUAGCCGACGGACGCAGAAUCGCCUCAGAUCCACGUGAAGCCGAAGGGAGGCCCAACACCAUAGUCAUGCAUCCAGACUUCAGGAUGCUUGUCCUGGCUAACAGACCUGGCUUUCCUUUCCUGGGCAAUGACUUUUUUGGAGCUCUAGGUGAUAUUUUUAGCUGCCAUGCAGUAGACAAUCCGAAGCCCCAGGCAGAGCUGGCAAUGCUAAAACAGUACGGCCCCGAUGUUCCCGAUGCCACUCUGCAGAAACUGGUGGCCGCCUUUGGAGAGCUCAGGUCCAUGGCCGACCAGGGCACCAUCACCUACCCCUAUUCCACUCGAGAGGUGGUCAACAUCGUCAAACACCUCCAGAAAUUCCCUGGCGAGGGUUUGGCCAACGUGGUGCGAAAUGUCUUCGACUUUGACUCCUACAAUAAAGACAUGCGGGAGGUUCUGAUCGAAGCGCUGCACAAGCACGGGAUUCCCAUCGGAGCCAAGCCCAGCUCUGUCCAACUGGCAAAGGAGUUGCCCCUGCCAGAGGCUAAGAUGACAGGAUACUGGACAAUAAACCAAGGUGGCAACGCUCGCCGCAAACUGCUUUGUCCCACUGAGACACACCCCAUAGACAUCAAGGGCCCCGUGUUUCUGCGUGUUCAGGGUUACCCCUGCAAUAGGCAGGAAAGCAGGGCUUUGAGUUUCAGCGAAGAGAAGGCCCACUGGCAGAUUCCCAUGAAUGAAGUCAACAUCAUCUGCGAUGUCACCACCAAAGAUGACGUGCUGUAUGUGGCCACGUGUAACCCAGUGUCCCUGUAUUCCACGAAGGAGCGCGGGGAGACGAUCCAGUGCAUGGAGCUUUAUGAUGUCUUCCCCAGGACCAUCAGCGGUGUCUGGCAGCCCUUUGUCACCAUCGCCCCCCUCGGGAGUCCUCUGGAUGGACAGGUGGUGCUGCACGAGGAGCAGAGUGACACGGUGCUCCAUUUGGACUUGGUAACGGGAGCUGUGCGGAGGCUCAUGCUGUCUCCAGACAGUGAUCAACCCUCCACCAGAGCUUCGAACUGGUGGAGCAGCAAGGAACAACAGGGAGGUCAUAAAAUGUGCCGUGACUUCGCUCACAAAAACUGGCUUCUCUUCUAUAAGGAGGAUGGCAACCAGCUGGAGGUGCUGGAUGUGCUGGAGGGCCGGGUUCACUCCAUCUCCCUUCCCAUCAACCUGAAGUCGGUCUUCCUCGUGGCAGAGGACCGCUGGCUUCUGCUAGAGAGCAAAACCAACAAGAAGUUCCUGCUGACCAAACCCAUGCAUAUGGCAGCUGAAGACUCUGGAGUGUGUCAGCUCCACAGCAUCAGUGAGGACUCCCUCAGCUCAGGCCACGGAGCCAGCCCAGCUGAGGCGUCCGUUCCCCAGAUGCUAUCGUGUGAGCAGCUACCCAAUGAGAACCUUAGUGCCGCUCUGGACCAGAAGAUUGUUUCCCCUAACCGCUUACUGGCCGACACCGGCUCCUUUGCGCGGGUUGUUGUGGGCUUCCCAGACCUCAUGUCCCCUAAUGAGGUGUACAGCUUCAAGAGGCCCGUUGACCUGUCAGUGAUGAAGAGCAGCGAGAGUGGGGCCCACAUGUUCCUUAGAGGAGGGCUUCGGUCCAGCACGGCCAAACGGGAGAACUGUGUCAGUCUGCUCUCAGCCAAUCAGGUGGUCCGAGCCCUUCCGCCCAACAAGGUGCCGCUGAAGGAGGUCUACCCCAAAGACGUCAGACCUCCAAUGACAGCAGCGUACUUGGAGGUGACUGAUCUGAACUCCAAAAAAGUCAAGUACAUUCCUGUCCCAAGGUCGAUGACUGUGUCGCCUUACACCAGCUGGUUGUCCAAGGUGUCCGAGUCCGAUGUGCUAAUAGCUCCCCUCGGUUCUGGAGGUGUGGUCACAGUGGAUAUGGGUGGGUACGUCCGGCUGUGGGAGACGGGACUGGACACCCUGCAGCGAUCACUAAUGGAAUGGAGAAAUAUGAUCGGGACGGAGGAUGGCAGGCCCUUACAGAUAACCAUCCAGAGGGACAGCGGCCUGGAUGUCACAGCCCCAAAACAUGGCAAGAUGGACCCCAACAACGCUCCUCAUGUCGGGGGAAACCAGUGGGCAGGAGGCACAGGUGGCCGAGACACGGCGGGGCUGGGUGGCAAAGGGGGACCCUAUCGCCUGGAUGCAGGACACAAGGUCUACCAGGUGUCCCAGGCCGAGAAGGACGCAGUUCCAGAAGAGGUCCGCAGAGCAGCCCGCGAAAUGGCUGAAAAGACCUUCAGAGAAAGGUUGAAGGAGAUCGAUAUGAGCGAAUACGAUGCCGCCACGUACGAGCGCUUCUCCUCCGCUGUCAGGAGACAAGUUCAGUCUCUACGUAUCAUCCUGGACAGUUUACAGGCUAAAGGGAAGGAGCGACAGUGGUUGAAGAACCAGGCUCUGGGAGAACUGGAUGAUGCUAAAAUCAUUGAUGGGCUGACUGGAGAGAAGGCUAUAUAUAAACGCAGGGGAGAGCUGGACCCAGAGCCGGGCAGUCCCCAGCAGAAGCCCAAGCGCUUACGGGUGCUAGCCGACGUGUCGGGCAGCAUGUACCGCUUCAACGGCGUGGACGGCAGACUGGAGCGCUCCAUGGAGGCCGUGUGUAUGGUCAUGGAGGCCCUGGAGAACUACGAGCACAGAUUCAAGUAUGACGUAGUGGGCCACUCAGGGGACGGCUACGACAUUGAGCUGGUCAGAGCGGACAAAGUCCCCAAGAAUAACAAAGAGAGACUCAAGGUCCUCAAGACCAUGCAUGCCCACGCUCAGUUCUGCAUGAGCGGCGACUACACUCUGGAGGGCACAGAAGCCAGCAUCAAGGAGCUGGCACGAGAAGACGCCGACGAGCACUUUGUGGUGGUGCUCAGCGAUGCCAACCUGGAGCGCUACGGCAUCCGGCCCGAGCGCUUCGCCCACGUCCUGACCUCCGACCCACAGGUCAACGCCUUCGCCGUCUUCAUCGGGUCCCUCGGCGAUCAGGCUGAAAGACUCCAAAAGACCCUUCCUGCAGGGAGAUCCUUCGUUGCCAUGGACACUAAGAAGAUCCCCCAAAUACUGCAGCAGAUCUUCACAUCUACAAUGCUGUCCAGUGCCUGAGACCGUCGCUAACACACUCGAGCACAUACGCUGACUCCUUAUCUCCUUAUCUGAGCACAUAACCUUAAAAUUAGUUCUCCAAGUUCUGAAACUUGUCAGACUUUGGCACGAUGUGUCCUUGACUCACUUUCUCCAUCAGAUUAUGCGACUUUAUCUGAGCUGUAUCGAGUCUGGAGACUCGGCCCCGUACAGGCCCUGAACGGGGAAGACGGUUAUGUUUAUUAUUUUUUAGAGAAGCCUUCAGUCUGUCUGUUAAAUCUUAGCGUGACAGUCGAAGAAUGUUUAGCUGUUUUGUUGUGUCCCGCGGGGAACAGGUCCCGUGAAGACUGUGAUCUUGUUCAGUGUGGCUGUGCUCCACCGACAAGUGACACGCACUGCAGGGGCGACUGCAGCGACAUUGUGAAUGGCCGGAGCCCGUCUCAGACCUCGUGUGGGGAUCAAACACACAGCCUAACCUGUUGUUGUUUUUAAUUGCGUUUUUGGCCGACAGCGCGCUGACGCACGCGCCUUUGUCCUGUUUUGGGUUUUGAGCCACUUUGCUUAGAGGAGAGGGUCGUGAACUUGAAACAGCCUCACUUAUUUUGGACUUCCUGCCCAUUUAUCGUCUGUCACACAGAGACACACAGGAUGGGGCAACACUAGCGCGCCACCUGACCGACACUUGGAUGUGGCGUGCGGCAAUAACUUGGCCCCUUUGGAAUGCUGGGACUGUGACCAGGGAAUUUCCCACCUGACUGCACACGCUCUUUAAAGGCAACUGGCAUUGCACAACCCCCUGUCGUGUGUGUGUGUGUGUGUGUGUGUGUGUGUGUGUGUGUGUGUGUGUGUGUGUGUGUGUGUGUGUGCGCGCGUGUCUGCGCGUGUGUGUUCUCAGAUCUCAGCUCGCCUUUCAUUGCCAGAGCUCCCACUCCUCUCUCUUUCUCAAACACACACCCCAGGGCCUCUGCCACUGCAAGGAAAGUUAGUAGCAGAACCUAUGACUGAGUGUGUCGGGGCUUAGUAGCGUAUGCUCAGAGAUUAAGUGUACACAGACCUGUGUGUGUACAUCAUCUCAGUAACGCUUUAUUUUCUUGGUCUCAUGUUUUACAGCUAAUUUCUUGGAAAGUUUCAUGAUAGUUUCCUAUAAACCGGCUGGUAUUAAUCUGUUCAUUUCUAGGGAUAUUUCACCGCCCACGCAAGUUGUAGCCAAUUAAAAGGGAAAUGGAGAAAGUGUCGGCUGCUAUAGUAACCGCUCACUUUAUGCUAGUUUUCAAGAAAGAACUGGGAAAUGAUGUAGUAGGCAGGUGAAAAAUAGUUUGUGAACAGAUGUCAGUUUCCAUCUGUGUUUUCUAGAAAGACUAACAAAAAAUCUUAAUUAGACAGAAAAUGUUCCACCCUGAGUCACUUUUAUUUUACAGGUCUGACCUGUGGAAAUCAGGCAGAGAUGUGUUUGUGAGUAGAACUGCAGGAGUCCCAAACACAAACCUAAGGAAUUUCCCACGCAGCUUAAAAACUACAGGUGAGCGAGCAAUUCAACUAAUGUGAAGAAUAAAAGUCAAUCCAAUAAUCAUUUUCCGAUUACCAAAGAAAUCUAUUACUGUGCGGCGGCACUUCAUACGUAGAUGUGCUAUUUUUCACUUACCUGCUACAUCAUUUCUGUAGCAACUAGCAUUCCACUCCUCCAUUUCUCUUAUAAUUGGUACCAAAUUGCAUUAGCAUUUCUUCGAAAUAUCCUUUACAGCUCAAUACCAGCUGAUUUCUUUUAGGGAAUUAUGACUAAAUUUCCAGGAGAUUAGCCGGAAAAUAUGGGACCCGUAAAAUGAAGCGUUGCCAUUAUUUCCGCCCUAAGACACCAUGCUGUGCAGUCGCAUUGAACCCCACCGUCUGUGCCAGUUUGCAGCCACGUGCAUCCAACGCCAUAUCAGUUUUGCCCCUGGUCGUCGUACUGAGUUUUCCUGCCUGGCUCUGCCGGACGGGAAGGAUCGAUGGCACGGUCUGCCUAACCAUCCGUGUCUGUCGAUCCCUCUUUGAUGGAGGGGCGGCCCCGUCUUUAUGAACCUACUUCAAACUCCCUCCGACCCCCUCUCUCGCUCUCUCGCUCUCUCGCUCUCUCUCAAUCCGCUGAUUAGUUAGAAAACAGGACAAGUUUCUGUGCGGACAUUUUGCCUACAUAAUACAUUUGCUUGCUGAAACUUUGGCAUUUAAAAUGUGCAUAGACGCAUUUUAAGAUAAUAAUCAUUUUUAAUGUAUUUAGUCUUAUUCAGUUGUAUAUUGUUAUUAAUUUAUGGGAAAUAAAUUGUAAACCUAAUGUAUAAAAAUGUAAUAAA